UAUCUUUCAGCAAGUACCGAGAGACGUGUUCUUCUCUCAAGCAUAUACUCUCAAUCCCCACCUUUCAAUCAUUGAUGCCUUUCCUUCAGUAUAAAUAUCACACCCCUCAUCCAACCUUCCUGCUGGAGCACAGCUCUCCUCUUUCUCUCAACCCAACUCCAUUCAGCUCAGGCUUCUCAGCUCAUAGCCUUUCUUUCCGGCAUUUCACUUACAGAUAUUUUCAUAUUCUUUUUCCCACUAAACUAAGUGUAGAACCAUUAGCGCAACAUUUACAGGUGGUGGUGCAUUGGUGUUUGAAGGAGGAGAUGGUGGAGAGUGAUACUAAGCUGCCUUUCAGCAUGGACUCGGACCCACCAUUUGAAGAAACCUACAAGACCCUCUUCGAGAACUCCAUCGAAGAGUCUAAAAUCAACAGGGCCAACCAGAUUCUCAUCACCUGUGAGAAAUGCGAGCUCCCACUCAUCGAUAUCGGGCGGCUGAGUAUGGGGGAAUUGGAGAGGGAGGAGUGCAAGAAAGAGAUAGCUCGAGCUUCACAGGAGUGGGGUUUCUUUCAGGUGAUUAAUCAUGGAGUUUCAUCGGAAAUUUUGGAGGAUAUGAGGAGUAAGCAAAUGCAAGUCUUCAAACAGCCCUUUCGCUUGAAGACCAACCACCAGUACUUGAAUCUCUCGGCCGGUUGCUACCGAUGGGGGACCCCCACAGCCACAUGCCUCAGCCAGUUAUCGUGGUCCGAAGCCUUCCAUAUUCCCCUCAUGGAUAUCUCCUCUUCCGGUGGCCUCCCCACCACCCUCAGCUCCACAAUGGGACAAUUUGCUGCAACAGUUUCAGAUCUGGCCCAAAGAUUAGUUGAAAUUUUAGCAGAGGAAAUGGGCCAUAAAUCAACAUUCUUCAAAGAAAAAUGUCUCCCAAGCACCUGCUACAUUCGAAUGAACCGAUACCCACCAUGCCCAACCUCUCAGAUCUUUGGGUUGAUGCCACACACUGACAGUGACUUCCUCACAAUACUGCACCAAGACCAGGUUGGAGGAUUGCAGUUAGUCAAAGAUGGGAGGUGGAUCGCAGUUAAACCCAACCCAGAAGCUCUCAUCAUCAACAUUGGCGACUUGUUUCAGGCUUGGAGCAAUGGUGUUUAUAAGAGUGUUCAACACAGGGUUGUGACUAACCAGAAAGUGGAAAGGUUUUCUACUGCUUACUUCUUAUGUCCUUCAUAUGAUGCUGUGAUAGAGAGCUGUGUGGAGCCUUCACUGUAUCGAAAAUUUAGCUUUAGAGAAUUCAGACAGCAGGUUCAAGAGGAUGUUCAGAAACUGGGUUACAAAGUUGGUCUCCCUAGGUUUCUUGUAUAAAGCUCCAUUCCCACAAAAUCUCAGUACCACUGCCGAUGUCUAUACUUCAAUUAGGUUUUGUAUUGAGUGCCAAAGCAACUAAGGGUAUAGUUUAAGUACAAUUGAAAAUUUUAGAAAGAUGAUAAAUAGAAGAUUUAGGAGGUUUGGAAGUAGGCUAAGCUCUCUUUUGCUCGACUACAGUUGUGAAAUAUAUCUAUAUUUUGGUUGUUUGGAGAUUGCUACUAUAUCCAUCAGAAGAUAUUCACUAAUCCUCCCAGAGUGGAAUUGUAUUAA